AAGCAGUGAUAUUCAACCCAAAUAAUGAACGAAGGUCUAAGACAAACUGGGUUGUCCAGUAAGCAUUUGAUGGAAGCGGAGCAUAAGGCUACAGGAGGAGCUCCAAGAACCGACAAGCCCACAGUCAGCCCUGAGGAUUAUCCAAGCUGUUUACACGGAAGACCCCAGCAGUAGCCCUGGCACUACCAGCCUAGCCCUCUGACACUACCACUUCUACUGGUGCAAGGAGGAGCGUGAGGGAGCAUGGAAAGCCCGUCCUCCUACGUGGGGCUGCUCCUGGGGCUGGUGGAGGUGAAGUGCACCAUGGCAGACCUGAGCAGGGAGCAGAGACUGGACCUGACCAAGAUGUGUCACGAUGUUAUCUGCAGCCGUGACCGGGUAAAGGCGGCUGGCCACGGCGUGCUGGGACAAGUAGAGAAGAACAACGCCAGCGUGGAAAUUUUCUUGGAUAAGGAGACCAUUCAGGUUUUCAUUGGCAAAAUAUUGAUCACUAAGCACAAAGUGGUGAGCAUCAGUGUGCUGAACGCCAUCCGGGGGACCCAGGGCCAACUAGUCUUCAUCGGCCGAUGCCAGCUGGCCAAGCAGCGUCUGGCCGUGGUGCUCAACUUCGUCUCGGAGAAACAGGCACAAGAGUUCAUUCAGAAUUACCAAAUGGUGAAGGCUAACUCAGUCGAGACUUUGCCCCCCAACAGCCAACCCAUUCGUCCGCUGCCGAGACCGCCGGGAAAGAAGCCUGCCAUCCCUCCACCAGAUUACGAGGAAAUUAUACCUGCAGCGCCCAUUGGACAGAUCUACGAAGACGUUGAUUCACCGCCAUCACGACCUCCGAGUCACUCGAUGGCCAAGAGACCCCUGCCGGAGAUACCACGACCGCCACCACCAGCUCCGAAGUACGAAGCUCCCUACAGGAGUCCUCCUCCUCCUAUCCCAGAACGAUACGAGAAUCCAGAAGAACUAGUGAAGUCAUUGCCUCCAACGCGUUUCAGAUCCUUCGCUGACCCCAACGUUGAUGUGUAUAACUGGUCAGAGGACGAGCUCAGCUAUGAGGAAGUUGGUGAACAGUAUUAUGAAUCGAUAGGGAUUGACGUAAAGGAUGCUGAGCAAAUCUAUAUGAGUACAUCAUUGAUUAAAGAGGAGGAAGACGAGCCGCAACAACAAGCUCCUUGUGAAAAGCCUCACAAGGAAGAGAAGAAGCAAGAGGAGAAAAAGCAGGCAGAGGUGGAAGAAGAGGAGCCAGAGACGACUUUGGAAGAGGAUAUUGACUCUUUCCUCAGAGACGAGUAUAAAUUCAAAAGCACUUUUUGGAGGAUUAGAGAAGCAAUAUUUUCGCUCUCACGUGAACUACAGAUUCUCCUUCGAGGGACGGAAAUGCUGGCUGACAUCCAGAACGACAUGUAUGUGGAGCUGCAUGAGGGUUGUAAGUCACCUUCCAGAAUCGCCCAGGUAUUCAUUUCCCGGAAAGCUCAAUUGGAACGGUACAAAUACUACUUAUUGAACUCCCCGAAAAUCAGCAGACUCAUAGAAGCACAGCCUGAGGGAGUGAAGCAGAUGUUCCCUAGGUUACAGGAAGAUGUAAGAAGUUCCUGGAAAAGGUUAUAUUUCUACUCCAAGAGCAUGGAGAAGAUGCUGGCUACUGCUCCUCCUCAAGACGCACCAAUCAUCCAGGAAGCACUCCACAUGCUUAGGGACCUAACCCGUCAGGCAGACUCGGGUAUUUUGAUGGACGCAGUCAAGGGAGCCCCCUUCAACCUCCACGAUCUUGCUCCCCUGUUUCUUCACAGUUCUUUCCACAUAAAGAGCUCAUCCUUGGAAAAGCGAAAGACGGACUACCGCGUGCUGCUCUUCGCGGAGUUGCUGGUAGUGACGGUGCCCAGAGUGGAUAAAUACGAGUACGUAGACUUUAUUCCCACUAGAAGGUUAAGAGUUCUGCCUACGAAGGACGAAAGAGCAUUUGUGCUCGAGACAAUGUAUCCAGGGGAAAGGGAGCCAAGAAGCUACGGGUUACGCGCUCCCAGCGUGGAAUCUAAGCAGGUAUGGAUAAAGAUGAUGAAACACAUACUAAGGGAACACAAGGGUAUGUAUGAUCACAGAAAAAUAUCAGGCUUACGCAAAUAGAUGCAUUUGUCAUGUCGUUUUGUAGAUACUGUGAGUAAUGCAAGGGUCUGUCUACAAAAAUCUGAGACUAGGAUGAGCUUUAAUGAAACAUUCAAGUGAUUUUUAGAAUAAUGAAUUCAAAGUGACGAUAAUUUCACCAUUUGCCGGAGAAUGUUAGUGUUAGAUGGUGUCAUCAUGGAAGAAUGUUUAGGUAUGUGUUUUUUUAUAUAUCUGGCAACAUGUAUUUGUUUUGUGGCACAUGUGGCAGCACAUCUGUCUUCUGGUACACAAUAUGAGACCAUAUCUACAUUUAUAUACAUGAAGCCUAAGUAUAUUUUCUGACAUGUGGAUAGCGAAACGUGAAUUUAUAUGUACAAAAUUCAAGUUAUAUACUAAUUUGGAUAAUAUUAACUAAGCAAUAACAUAAAAUCUAUAAUAUAUUGAUUCCCUUUGUAAUGAUGUGAUAACUAUACAUUAUUUGCACUAUAAAUAUACUUAAUGUUAGUGUAACCAAUCCAGAGAAAACUUUGGACUAGGCUUGAGUUGACGAAUGCUGAACAUGGAGUUGGAUUAUUGCAUAAUAAUAACAUUAUGUACUGUGUGGUGACUUCAUUGUAUAUGCUGCCGCAAGAAUCGAAUGAAAGCUUGUGAGAUAUUUCUAGAUACAAGUAAUGUUAAUACCCAGUUUUGCAAUUAUGUUGUUAUAUGACGUGAAAAAAACUUUUCACGUGGUAAAUGACUUGAAGUGGCGAUUUUGGGUCCCAUCUUGUUCUUUAUAUUAACGAAAGGCUGCUUUGUUGUAACUCAUUUGUAAAUAAAUGUGGUAACGCAUAA